GAUCUUUGAACAGCCUCACUUCUCAGAGAACACAACUGCCACUAAAACUCUCAUUUACCUACACGCUUUCGAAUUGAGCAAACGGGCUAAGCCCUGUGAUUAACCAUUUGCAAACUAACUUUCAGAAGAAUAGUUCUAGGCUAUGAUACCAGGAGUUGCUGCCAAUAUGAUGCCCUCCGCAGAAGCCGCGAAAAUCUACCAAACUAACUAUAUCAAGAACUCACGCUCCAUUGGAUUGUUGUGGUCAAUAUUCACCAUUCUGUUCGCCAUCCUCAAUGUGGUGGUUUUCAUGCAACCAUACUGGAUAGGGGACGGCAUGGACACGCCACUGGUCGGCUACUUCGGUCUCUUCCACUACUGCGUCGGCAGCAUCGGGAACAACCGGGACCUGACAUGCCAUGGAACCUUCACGGAGUUUGCGGCCAUUCCUUCCACCGCCUUCAAGGCCGCGUCGUUCUUCGUCGGAACGUCCAUGAUGCUCGUGCUCUCCUGUAUCGGCUGUUUCGUCCUCUUCUUCUUCUGUAGCACUCACACAGUCUACAAGAUCUGCGGCUGGAUGCAGCUGAUCUCAGGUGUGUGCCUGGUCCUGGGCUGCAUGAUCUACCCUGACGGCUGGGACGCCAAGGAGGUCCAGAGCAUGUGCGGCGAGCAGACGGACAAGUACUCCAUCGGGGCGUGCUCGGUGCGCUGGGCGUACAUCCUGGCCAUCAUGGGGAUCCUGGACGCCCUCAUCCUCUCAUUCCUCGCCUUCGUCCUCGGCAACCGCCAGGACAACCUGAUGGCAGAGGAACUGCUGGCCGAGAGUAAAGGGUCCCACGGGGAAAUGCCCGCUAUGCCAGAUGGCCAGUCCAGCCCUGCCACCGACGUCAGCGAUGGGAAAAGGCUCACGGAGGGUGGGAAUGCCUAAAACAACGGAGAGAGACCGGGUCGCGCCCUUGAAGAAAUAUGAAAUAUCCACCCUCCCAGAAGACGUCAAGCAACAAGAGUGUCAUAAA